AUGACUUCAACUAACUUAAACGGUACUUUCCCAUUAAUUGCUAAAGGUAAAGUCAGAGAUAUUUAUCAAGUUGAUGAAAAUACUCUUUUAUUUGUUGCAACUGAUAGAAUUUCAGCUUAUGAUGUUAUUAUGUCAAAUGGUAUUCCUCAAAAGGGUAAAAUUUUAACUAAAUUAUCUGAAUUUUGGUUUGAUUUCUUACCUAUUGAAAAUCAUUUAAUUAAAGGUGAUAUUUUCACUAAAUAUCCACAAUUAGAACCAUAUCGUGAUCAAUUAGAAGGUAGAUCAUUAUUAGUUCGUAAAUUGAAAUUAAUUCCAUUAGAAGUUAUUGUUAGAGGUUAUAUUACUGGUUCCGGUUGGAAAGAAUAUACUAAAUCUAAAACUGUUCAUGGUAAAUCUAUUGGUGAAGGAAUUCUUGAAUCUCAAAAACUUGAACCACCUAUUUUCACUCCUUCAACUAAAGCUGAACAAGGUGAACAUGAUGAAAAUAUUAGUAAAGAACAAGCUGAUAAAAUUGUUGGUAAAGAAUUAUGUGAUAGAAUUGAAAAAAUUGCCAUUAAUUUAUAUACAAAAGCAAGAGAUUAUGCUGCUACCAAAGGAAUUAUUAUUGCUGAUACUAAAUUUGAAUUUGGUUUAGAUGAUAAUAACAAUAUUAUUCUUGUUGAUGAAGUUUUAACUCCUGAUUCUUCAAGAUUCUGGAAUGCUAGUAAAUAUGAAAUUGGUAAAUCUCAAGAAUCUUAUGAUAAACAAUUUUUACGUGAUUGGUUAACUUCAAAUGGUGUUGCUGGUAAAGAUGGUGUUGCCAUGCCAGAAGAUAUUGCAACCAAAACUAAAGAAAAAUAUGUUGAAGCUUAUGAAUGUUUAACUGGUGAUAAAUGGGUCGAUUAA